AUGGUCUACGCGGACCCUAGUCCUUUUUUCCCGCCGUCGCCUCCUCACCCUUCUAUCUCUUCAUCGCAUGGUUCACCCAAAGCCGGCCACUCUGGCUCCUCGAGUGAAGGCUCAGUAUCGGAGAUCCUUUCCCGCGUGCAAUCGGGACCCCGAGAAAGAUCGCGCGACGAACCUCCGCUCAACUCACGAUCGCGCCUUGGCCAAUCACAGCGCAAGGAGCAAUGGUCCCCGAUGAGCAGGGGUCGGAGAGACUAUAAUAAUAAUAACGUUGCUGGCGAAAGAAGUAGCAGGAACAAUGUGUCCCCGCGCGAGACCCCCACCGGGUCCCAGCGUCCACUUUUCAGAUACUCGAAUCUGCGGAAGCCACCUGCGGAAUCUGGAUUAGGAAAUGUCGAUAAUGGGAAUGGAGUUCAGAGGGAGCCUGGAGUCUACUCGCCAUUAUCGAGGAUAGGUACCGCUCUAAAGUACCGCGGGACCGAGAAUCCGACAGCUGGAGAGCCACGGCGGUCGGGAGCUUCUGCGGCAGGAAUUGGGUCGCCCGCAGAAAGAGGCAGCCGCGAGACUCAAGCACUGAAACCCAUGAGACGAGACUUCCCCAGGCGAACCCCCCAAGGAUCCGGGGCAGGCAAAGACCCAGGAGUUAGGGUUUCUCGAGACAACCCCUCGAUCUGGCGACCUGGAUCGGCGGGUACUCCUCAACGAGCAUUCGACCCAAGAACGAGUCGAGACAGACGUGUAAAGAGAGUUCCUGAAGGGUCCGAAGAGCCAGCUAUUCCCGAUCAAGAACCUGCUACACUGGUAGAGACCGAGCUUUCAGAGGAUGCGGAAGACGAGAGGCGCAAGCGAAAGCUCGUGGGUAUCAAAGACCCUGACAGGAGAGCUCGACUUUACGAAAUCGAGGAUGAAGAGUCAGUUCAGGUUUCACGAAAAGUUAAACUUCCUACCGCGAGGAGGAGCGGUAUUUCCAGGGCAGGUUCGUUGGACUUCCAUUUUGACCCAGAUCUGGCCGAGGAAUUUUCCGAUGAAGGGAAAGCGAGGCGGAAAAAGAAGGGAAAGCAAGCAAAAGCGAGGCAGCAGACAACAGCGAGACCAGAGAUAAUCUUGCCGGAGUUCAUAAGUGUUGAGAAGCUCGCACAGGGACUUAAGGUGAGGCUUCCGGACUUCAUUGACAAGCUUGAAGAGGAGGGAUUCGAGGGUGCUAGGUACGACCACGUUCUGGACUCGAGCACAUCCGCCAUGUUUGCAGAAAUUUAUGGCUUUGAAGCGAUUAUCAAAACCAUUGAUGACACAGGCGAUAUCUUCCCCCGCCCUCCAGCGGAAGACUCCUCAGUGUUACCCCCUCGACCCCCAAUUGUCACCAUAAUGGGUCAUGUCGACCACGGAAAGACUACUAUUCUCGAUUACUUCAGGAAGGCGAACGUGGUGGCUACCGAACACGGAGGCAUUACUCAACACAUCGGAGCCUUCUCCGUCACAAUGCCCGGAUCAGAACGCAAUAUCACGUUUCUCGACACUCCUGGGCAUGCUGCAUUUUUGGAGAUGCGUCGAAGAGGUGCCGUUGUGACCGACAUUGUUGUUUUAGUUGUUGCUGCAGACGACAGCGUCAAAGCCCAAACGAUAGAAGCCAUCAAGCACGCACGAGAGGCUGGAGUGCAAAUUAUUGUGGCAAUCAAUAAGGUUGACAAACCCGAAGCCGACAUUGAACAAGUCAAGCGAGAUCUGAUGCAACACGAGAUCGUUGUGGAAGACUUUGGUGGAGAGUAUCAAGCUAUUCCAGUGAGCGGAAAGACAGGCCAGGGCAUGGGAGACCUGGAGGAAGCCAUUCUCACUUUAGCUGAUGUUGCCGACUUCCGCGCCGAAACCGAUGGACCUGCGGAAGGCUGGAUCAUCGAGAGCAAAGUUGGCGCCACGGGUCGUGUCGCUACGAUUCUCGUGCGUCGUGGAACCCUGAGACCGGGUGACUUUAUUGUCGCUGGUACCACCUGGGCUCGUAUUCGAACCCUGCGAAACGAUUCAGGUGCAUUGAUUGAUGCUGCACCUCCUGGCACACCUGUCCAAAUUGAUGGCUGGCGAGGAGAAGACCCUGAGGCAGGCCUGGAGGUGCUGCAGGCCGAAAAUGAGCAACGAGCAAAAGAGGCGGUUGGAGUGAGAAAAGAACGUGAGGAAGCGGCUUGGGAGAUGGACAAUAUGACGGCAAUCAAUGCGACACGCGCAGAGGAAGCUGUAGCUCGAACCAAAGUCCUCGAGUGGGAGAAAGAGCAGGGAUACCUGUCUAUGGGCUACAAAAGGCGUCCCAAGGACAAUGAAGGCUGGAUCGAGAAAGAGUCUUCGGGCCCUCAACUUGUCCAUUUCGUCGUCAAAGCCGACGUGGCUGGCAGCACAGAAGCCUUGGUUGCUGCGGUUGGUGGAAUUGGCAACAACGAGAUUCGGGCAAACAUUAUUCACAGCGGGACGGGAGGCCUGACCGAGUCAGACAUCAAAAUGCUGGCUGCGACCGGCGAAGUUGCUUAUGCAAUCUCAUUCAAUCAGCCCAUCGACAACGACAUACGACAACUUGCGGCGGCGGCCCGGAUACAGAUCCUUGACCACAACAUUAUCUACAAGGUCACCGACGAUGUCACCGAGAAAGUGAGUGCAGAAUUGCCUCCAAUUGUGACUCAACGCGUCUUGGGAGAAGCAGAGGUUGGAGAUAUCUUUGACAUCAAAAUCAAAAAAGGAACAAUGAAGAUUGCCGGCUGUCGAGUGACCAAUGGGACUAUCCGCCGCUCGGAAAAGAUUCGAGUCUUGAGAAAAGGCGAGGUGAUUUACACUGGCAUGCUUAACUCAUUUAAAAAUAUCAAGAAGGAUGUUACAGAGAUGCGAAAAGGCUCCGAAUGUGGUAUGGGCUUUGAGAACUGGGAGGCAUUCGAAGUGGGCGAUCAGAUCCAGUCUUUCGAAGAAAUCAGUGAGAAGCGAGCCUUGCAUUAG